GGUUUCUUUUGGUUUAAAAAAGAAGGAGAAUCUUUCAAGCAACUCGAAACAUAUCUAGGGGAUCUAGAACAUAUCUAUUUUUGUACAUCCUGUUCUAAACUCUGAAAAUACUGAAGUGCUAGGGAAGCAUCAGGUUUUCAUGCUCAUUCUUUCAUUAAAUUAAAGAACACAGUUUCUGGGGUAUGGAAACUCUUUCCUAUGGGUCAGCACCAUGCUGUCAAGUUGUGAACUCGAAGUGGAAAUUAUUUGAAAAGAGUUUGGAUUCACGUCAAUCAAGAGUUCCCUCUAUAGGAAAACUUGGAGUUUAUUACACCAAUACUAUUUCUACGCAUGGUCAUGUGGGAUUUUAUGAUAUGGGUCGGGUGCAGCUAAGAGGCUCUAAAAGACUCAAUUUCAAGGUUUGUAGUGGAAGUUAUGAUGGUUAUGUGAUUGGUGAAGAGGAAGCAAGGGAUAUUUCAGGGAUAGAGGAGCCUGCGACCAAGGUUCUGAUUCCAGGUCUACCUGAUGAUUCAAAUGGUGAAUCUGGUGCUCCAAUAAGUAGUUGUUUUUGGAGAUGGAAGCCGAAACUCAACGUGCACUAUGAGAAAGCAGGGUGUGAAAACGUGGAUUCUCCACAUGUUCUCUUUCUGCCAGGUUUUGGUGUUGGCUCUUUCCAUUAUGAGAAGCAACUGAGGGAUUUGGGGCGUGAUUUCAGAGCCUGGUCUCUGGAUUUUCUAGGCCAAGGGAUGUCUUUGCCUUUUGAAGAUCCUGCUCCUCUGUCUGCAUCAAAUGGAAGUACUUCUUCAUGGGGUUUUGGAGAUGAAACCGAACCGUGGGCAACUAAGCUCGUUUAUUCGGUUGAUUUAUGGCAAGAACAAGUUCGCUGCUUCGUAGAGGAGGUCAUUGGUGAACCAGUCUAUCUUGUGGGCAACUCACUAGGAGGACUUGUUGCAUUGUAUUUUGCGGCAUGCAACCCUCAUUUAGUGAAAGGUGUCACAUUGCUUAAUGCAACACCUUUUUGGGGGUUUCUUCCUAAUCCAAUAAAAAAUCCAAGACUAGCCAAACUAUUUCCAUGGGCAGGAACAUUUCCCCUACCUUCAAGCAUAAAGAGACUUACAGAGUUGUUGUGGGAGAAAAUAAGUGAUCCUAAAAGUAUUGCUGAGGUUCUUAGUCAGGUUUAUGCAGAUCAUUCGAUAAACGUAGAUAACGUUUUUUCACGCAUAGUUGAAACCACAAGGCAUCCUGCUGCUGCUGCAUCAUUUGCUUCAAUAAUGUUUGCUCCUCAAGGAGAACUAUCCUUCAGUGAAACAUUAUCCAGAUGUCGAGCAAACCAAGUGCCAAUCUGCCUCAUGUAUGGAAAAGAAGAUCCCUGGGUGGCACCAGUUUGGGGCCUCCAGGUUAAAAGGCUGGUGCCUGAAGCUCCAUAUUAUCAAAUCAGCCCUGCUGGUCACUGCCCUCAUGAUGAAGUUCCUGAGGUCAUAAAUUUCUUACUUCGUGGGUGGAUCAAAAACCUAGAGUCCGAGGGUUCUGUGUCCUUACCAUUGCUUGAAGAUAUAGACAGCAUGAAGCAAACUACUAUUGACAGGGAAUUAGAAUUUCCCAGAGAAGGUUCAAAAAAGUCAGUGAUGAUAAGAUUUUUCGCUUCCAGUUUGUCACUUUGGGACAGGAUAAGAUCUUUCAUUAAAUCUCAAUCCAAAUUCAGUAAUCUGGCAGCCAAAACUCAAUGACCUGGUGAACUAUAUGGCAUCUUCAAACAUAAAUCAACUUUGUACACUGUCUUCUCUUUUUCAUAGUUUGUAUAGAGAAACAAACACACUUGUUUUAGAAUCAUAGAUAAAAUGUUGUAUAUACAUAUCCAUUUGUUACCAAGAAAGUAUGUCAAAUUAACAACGAUUACAAAGGAGAUGUUUUAUGUUAACCAUCAGAACAUCAAAACAUGGUCUAUUUUUUU